AUGGGAAACAACCCCUCCAAAAGCCCGGCGGGCGAUCUGCAAGCUCCAGUGACCAAUUCUCACAACACAUCCGGGCACGAGCGAAAGGUCAAUCGGCGGACUUCAAUCAAUGCGCUCUCCGGAACAAAAGCAACCGCUGCCGACCCUUCGGCGUCUAGGGAGAGCGCUACCGGACAGCCGGCAUCCCAUGGCCAGAACACAGUUCAACAACGUUUACAGUCGCGCAAAGUACCUCAACCAGCACCUCGUAUCCAAGAAAUUCCCGACAAGUAUGCCGGAAGAAAAGCCGAGGGCCGGUACCAUCCCUCGACUGCUGUCGAAGCAUCGAGUCCCAAGCAGGUUCCCUCAGCAUCUGCCCGGCCUGCCGCCAGGAAAGAUGCGCCAAUAACCCCAGUCAACCAGCUAAAUACAUAUUACGGAUCGUCUCAUCUUCAGAGGCCACCUCGGUUGCCUUUGCCCAUCGGUGAUGCAACUGCCACGCCCGGUUCACCGGUCAUGGCUCCUACGGGUGCGCAGGUCGAUUCCGUGCCCUUUGAAAUAGACGACCAGGUUCCCCGAGCGUCGAUUGCGUUAGAUGAUACACAUAUAGAGGACGAAGAGCUUGAAGAUGAGUUGCAGUCGUAUGCACUGGUUGACCCAGGCAAAGCUGUGCCAACCGCCAUCCAGUGGAAAGCACCCGGAGACAGAGUUUACGUCACGGGGACAUUUGUCAACUGGGAGAAGAAAUUCAGGCUGCACAAGAGCGAGGCUGAACCAGGUACCAUGUCAACCACCCUGCACCUACGCCCAGGAACCCAUCAUCUCAAAUUCAUCGUUGAUGGAGACAUGAGAGCUUCGGAUAAUCUUCCCACUGCCGUCGAUUUCACCAAUCAUCUAGUCAAUUACGUUGAAGUAAUCGCAGAUGAGAUGCAAGGGCAGCGAUCACGGCGUGAGAGCGAUAGGGCAAUGAAAAAUGUCGUUCCUCCUGGUGUCCAUCCUCCGCAGGUACUGCCUGAAACGUUAACGACGCAAGAAAAACAAGAAAAUAUUUAUAGUGAAGGGGAGGAAGAGGGAGAGCCCGAAGAGGAGAUCCCUGUAGGCGACUUUCGAGACACUUUACCUCCGUUCCUUGUCGAUAUAGACGCCGAGGACGAAGGCGCUGAAUACCAACGAGCUGCGAAUGUUAUUGCCGAUACUUCCACACCACCGAUUCUCCCUCUCUUUUUGGGAAGGUCAAUAUUGAACGGAACUACCCCCAUGAAAGAUGACAACAGUGUAUUGAAUUAUCCCAACCAUACGGUUUUGAAUCAUCUUGCAACAAGCAGUAUCAAGAACGGAGUGCUGGCCACUAGUGUUACCACUCGUUACAAACGAAAGGCAAGUAAUCGUUGA